AUGGUAGGAUGCUUUCAGAGCAAGAAGUUCGUACUCAAUUCGCUUCUUGUCCUAGUGCUUUCUGCGGCAAGCUCUCAGAAGGAAGUCAAGAUAACGUUCGAGGCAGCGGACGUGGACGUUCACGCACGCUUUGGAGUGCUCGUCAUCGCAGACGACAGCGGUGACGAAAAUGAACUUUCACCGGAGUUGCCUUCAGAACCGGCCCACGGCCGCUUCAAGAGAGCCGACGAAGACGAUGGAGGUGGCAUGGGCGAACACGGCGGUGCCCACGGACAUCAUGGCGCAGCGGGUCACACCGGACACCAAGAGUUCUCAUUCGAAGAAAGACCCGUCGUAGUCACCUAUGAAGGAGGUGCCGGCGAAACGGGAGUACCAGAAACGGGUGUCGGCUACGAAAUGAACAGAGGCCUCGGAGGAGGUGGUGGUAUAACGUCCAUGGGCGGUGGUAGCAGGCGCUACCUGUCACCGACUUCUGGCAGCGGUGGAAGUGUUCGUUUAGGACGCAUUGUGUACGGCGGCGGUGGUGGCUUGCGACCGGGCUACGGCAUGGGGGGUCACCAGGAGUUGUCUACUCUGGCGCUGCCAGAGGAGGUUCGGGUAUCUACGGAGGUGGCAUAG